GAUUCUUACAUAGCCUUCAGAACGCAUAAACCAGGAAGCAGGACUAUUCCUUCGUUUCAAAAGAAUUCCUCUCCAAACUAACUUCCGCGGAUCUGAAUGAUUUACCAGUGAAACUGAAGACUCCCCAGAUGAUGAGGAAAUCAAAAGGGCUUCAUAUUAAUUACCUGAACCAUCCUUCAUAUGUUGAUGAACUAAACCUGAGCAUACACUGAUUUUACUGUGGAUUGCUUUCCUUCUUUCUGCACUCGCUGCUCUCAAGUUUGAACCUACAGAGCAUGAUGGCAUCACAAGGUGGAGAGAAACCAAUGUAUGACCAACAAUCCACUACUUCAUCUAAUGUGUUGUUGAAACCAUAACGGAGCUUAUGAAGUCUGGAGAAGAAAGGUUUGACUGCUUUCAAAUAAACCUCUCUUGCACUUUAUCUGAACAUGAUCAAUUUAGGGAUCAUGUUAUUCAUUGGUACUUUGAACUUCAAACUGUGUUUCAGUGCAUGUGCUCGUGCUGAAUAUGAGAUACAUGGAGAAUGCUGCCCCAUGUGUGCACCAGGAAACCAUGUUUAUUGGCACUGUACUGUAGACACAAGCACAACUUGUGUUCCAUGCCCUGCAUCAACUUACAUGGAUGAGCCCAAUAAGUCGGAUAAAUGCUUUCCCUGCUCUGUGUGUGAUGCAAGACUAGGUCUAAGAAUAAAGAAAACUUGCACACGCUCUGCAGAUACUAUUUGUGAGCCAUUGGAGGGAUUCUACUGCACUGAGCGAAAGAAAAACAGCUGUAGAUUUGCUGUGAAGCACUCUGAAUGUUACCCUGGACAAUAUGUCAAACAAACAGGAACAGUAUGUACUGAUACUGUAUGUGGUAACUGCAUAGAAGGGACUUACUCUUAUGGCUCUUUCACUGCCUGUCGACCACAUUCAAAUUGUGAGAUUAGAGGCCUUAAAGAAAUAAAACCAGGAACAAUGUCAUCUGAUGUGGAAUGUGGGAAGUCAGUUCCAAUACCUAUCAUUGUUGGAGUCAUUGUUGGAGUCAGUGUUGGUGUUUUGCUGACAGCUGUUGGGAUAAAAAUCUAUCACAAAUUUAAACAGAAGAGACAAGCUUCUGACAGAAGUAUAACUUUUUGCUCAGUACCAAUACCAGAGACUGAUUUUCAGUGUGAACCAACAUCACCAGACUCAGUGACCCCUCUUAUAGUCAACACUAGUAGCCCUUUACAUCAAUCAGCUGCCUGUUCUGUUUCAAGUGGAGACAUGCAAUGUGUGACCUGAUAUUGAAAGAAACUGAAUCUUGGUCUUAAGGAAUCCACAAGUUCUGCCAAAGAGCCUGAAGUCUCCAUAAACAGCUGAUGAGCAAAUCUAAAGGGUUUCAUGUUAAUUACUGCUUCUACUCUGUGGUGAAUGGUAAAUGGAAGAGCUGUCAGUCUAAGUGAUCAACACAGCAUGCUCUCACUGUAAAGCAGGUCUUUAUGGUCCCUACAAACUAUGCGCACCCAUCAUACCAGAGAUCCACCUUCCAUUGGUUGAACUUAAAAGCUGUUGGAAAAGAAAGUUGGAAAACAAGGUAUCAUCAUUAUAGUAAAGCAAUCAGAUCCCAUUUGUCUUGCAGCUUUUGCAAAGCAGCAUUGAAUGCCAUGAGGAUCACCUCAAGAUCUACACGUUGUGUUAUGUUGUAUUUGGGUUUGUUUGAAUUGAGAACACCUGCUCUAAAUACAUUUAUAUGAUCUA